UCAUAACGUCAAUGUUGGAAUGAAUGUAAACAAAACAAGUGCAACGUAAUUAAUAAUUAUUUUCGUUAACAAAAUGACUUCCCAAGCACAAGACGAAAACGCUCUUGUCGAGCGAGUGUUCUUGCGUAUCGGAUCUGCUGAAAGUGAUGAACAGUUACAGACAGCUCUUGGCAAAUUUUUAGCUCCCUUAAUUUUAAAGCUGAAUAGCUCAGAUGAAGCAGUCAGGUCCAAGGUGCUUAAGCUUCUUGCUCACAUUAAAACCAGACUAAAAAGCAGGAGUCAAGUAAAACUCCCAUUGGAUGCUUUAUUAACCCAAUUUCAAGACCCCAAAGCUACUCCUUUCAUUACGAACUUUACAAUACUUUUUAUCAAGCUUGGCUAUCCUCGUGUGGAGCCUGAGAAACAGGCAGAUCUUAUCCCAUUGCUGAUAAAUUGUCUAGAUGGAAGAUCAACCAAUCACCAGGAUAGCAUUCUACAGUUACUUAUACCAGCUUUACAACAUUUAAAAAUGCCAAAAACAGAAGCAGAAUGCAGGGCCAGAUUUCAGCUGAGAGACAAACCAACAGUUCAACAGUUGCUUCUUGAUUAUUUCAUGGAUGUUCUGCUAUUACCAUAUAACUCUCAUGUGUCUGCUAUCGCUGCCACUGAAGACUCAGACCUUCCUAACGUGGCCCCGCCUCCUGCUGUACCACCACCACCAGGUCUGAGUGUCUCCUCAUUCAGGCGCCUCACGGCAGAGAACCCUCUUGUUCCAGAGCAGCUGGAAAAAGCCAAGCUGAGCAUCAUAACAUUCUUGGGGAGCGGAGUCUUGGAGGAAGCUGAUGUUGUCUGCCACUUUGUAGUGGCCUCCUCCGACACCAGACACAGUGUGGCCACUUCAGCUGACAUGGAGUUGAAGAAAAUCACAGGGAGCAUAGAUUGGAACUCUAAACCUAUUCUCAACAAACUGUUCUCAAUAUUUCAAGGCACUGUGGUUGUUAAAGGGCAACCCACAGUAAAGCCAGAUGACCGCCGCAGUGCUGUCAGCCCAAGGAUACGCUUGAAAAUUUUUCCAUUUUUUCUAAAAGCCAGGGAAGCCAGCAAUAUGUUUCCAGCUUGUUUGCAGAUUGUCUUUGAGUGUUUGUUUGGUGCAAAUCCUAAUGCAAAGUUGAGAAUCAUGGCUGUGGAAUUUGUCCACCACAUUUGUCUCAACUGUGACGAAGCAAAAUUUUCUAUGCUGGAUGUGGUGUUACUCAAUGGCAUGUUGAAAGUCAUUAAAGAAGCAAGGGAGGAUGCAAAACUGAGAAGUCUGGCCUAUGUUGCUGUUGGCAAAAUUGCAAGACGUUCACCUAAUAAGUUGACUAAAGAUAUUCAAGUGCUACAAACUUUCUUUGAUUCCAUGUGUCAGGAAGAGGGGGACACAAGGUUGGCAGUACAAGAAGCUUUGUCCUUGAUGUCCCAGGCUUACUGUAACUUGGAUGAAACCAACAAACAACUUUUGGAAGCUUUACUGCUUCAAAAUAUUGACAAGGAUGAGCCUCAAGUGCGAGUGGUGACCAUUCAGUAUGCAGCUACUGUAUUUUCUAGUGACCAUUUUCCAUCAAGAUACAUCCUUAUGCUGGGGGCAGGAGACUUAAAAGAGGACGCUAAGCUAGAAUCAAUUAAAGCCCUCAGAGGAACCGCAGGCACAUCACAGACAUUGCCAGACUUUGUGAAGAUGGUCAGCUAUGUUGUGGAAAAGGCCAAGCAAAGGAAAGAGUCCCCUAAAAGGUACUCGGCUGUUAAUGCUUCUCUCCCCUUUAAUCCAGCAUCAUACAAUGAGAUACUCCUGUACCUUCGUAUGUGCUUGUCUCACUCUGCUGGUGUUGCGGUUGACUGGCAAGUUGAAAACUUGGCUGACCAGGCCCCCUCUCUUGUGUCCAAAGUUCACUCAUUGCUGCAACAAUAUCCAGAGGAUUCUGGGCCAAUCCAGCAGUACAUUGCUUUACUGCAGGAACUGCUUACUGUUGCAACUAGUAGUGAAGCGAUGUAUUGUCUUUUGGAGAUUGUUGCUGUUGUUCCUGAAAGUAUUGCAGUGAAGUUAUCUCAAAAUCUGGAUUGGUUAAAGACACUACUCUGUAGCUCUAAAGAUGACAUCAAACAAUAUGCUGCGGAGUUGUACGCCAUUGUCAGCUUCCACAUCAAGUCUGAGGUGGAUUUUUAUGCUGAUGUGAAAACAUUUUUAGGAAAUCUGGUUGAUAAGAACCCUGAGCUUGGACUGGGUGCCCUGCUUGCCCUGGGUUAUUGUAUAGGCCUUAAGCUGAGACAACUGAAGACUUCAGGUGGUCUAGACAUGGCAAAAGAACAAUUAUUGACUCAAUGUGUAACAACUAUUGCCACACUCCUUACUGACAAAAACAUAUCUAAAAAAUCCCUUGCCUGUCUGGCACUGGGAGAGAUUGGGAGAAAUGGUCCACUGCCAUUGUUGCCAGGAAGUGAGCUGGUGCCAGAGACAGAGGCCAAACAGGAAGGAGAAAUUAAAGAUGGGGACAUCACCAAAACAUGGCUAGUCCGCAACCUGGUAGCCAUGAUCAAAACCAGUAAUGAGUCCAACAAGACAAAAGAGAGAGCUGCUUCCUGUCUGGGAGACAUCUGUGUUGGUGAUGAGAAUUUCCCACAGAAAAGAAAAGCUAUGGAGGAACUGAUCAAUGCUGUGCAGUCCAAGCAAGUGGAGCUGCAGUUCACUAUAGGGCAGGCACUAGUGGACAUGGCCAUGGGACCAAGUUCCUCACGUGCCAGAUGUGUGUGGACAACCUCCAAAGAGGAUCAUCAGAAAAUGUUCAGUAAGUCCAGUGAAGAUGUGAAAUGGUUUUUACAAGAACUUUUGUCCAAGUAUAUUUGCCAUUCAAAUCCUUUUCUGAGACAGGGUGCUUGUGUUUGGCUCCUGACACUGAUUCGCCAGGCUGGCCAUCAUGAGGCCAUACAGAGUGCCCUUGUUGACAUCCAAAGAGGCUUCAUGAGAAUGCUCUCUGAGAAUGAUGAAAUCACCCAAGACUUAGCGAGUAAAGGAUUAGGACACACCAUGGACAUCUGCACACCUGAACAGAAAGACACACUGGUUUCUGAGCUGGUGGAAACUCUCAUGACAGGGAAGAGUGCUAAGAAUGAAGUGAGUGCUGACACAACUGUAUUCCAGAGUGGAGCACUAGGCAAGGCACCUGAUGGUGGAGGACUUUCUACCUACAAGGAGCUGUGUGCAAUAGCUACUGACCUUAACCAGCCAGAUCUCAUCUACAAGUUUAUGCAUUUAGCCAACCAUAAUGCUACAUGGAAUACUCGCAAGGGAGCUGCGUUUGGUUUCUCCACCAUAGCGGCACAAGCAGGGGAACAGCUGGCGCCCUACAUGACCCAGAUUGUACCCAGGCUGUAUCGCUACCAGUUUGACCCCAAUCCCAAGAUCCAGCAGGCCAUGUCAGGGAUUUGGAAUGCUCUGGUCCAGGAUAACAAAAAAACUAUUGACACAUAUCUCAAACAAAUCCUGGAUGAUCUACUCAAAAAUUUGACCAGUAACCAAUGGAGGAUUAGAGAAUCCAGCUGUCUGGCUGUAAGUGACCUGCUUCGUGGUAGAGUGCUGGACAGUGUCCUGGAGGAUAUACCAAAGUUGUGGGAGACUUGUCUCAGGGUUAGAGAUGAUAUUAAGGAGUCUGUGCGUUUGGCUGCUAAUUCAGCUUGUCAGACAUUAAGCAAGGUUUCCAUUAAACUGUGUGAUGUGAGCAAUGGCAAAUCUGGAGAAAAAGCCACAAAGCUUAUUCUUCCAUGUUUGCUGCAGUGCUCUCUACAUAGCACUGUUUCUGAGGUUAGAACCAUUGGGCUUUCAACAAUCUUGCUGAUCAGUCGCAAUGCUGGCGCCCUCUUGAAACCAAAUAUUCCAGUGUUGGUCCCUGCGCUGCUGGAGGCAGUCAGUGGACUGGAACCAGAUGUCAUUAAUUACCUGAGUUUACACAUGGGCACACAGGCUGGGCAAGACAAGCUGGACAGUGCUAGAAUAGCUGCAUCCAAGAUGUCUCCAAUGAUGGAAACAGUGAACAGGUGUGUCCAGUAUGUGGACAGUGAAGUUCUGGCAGAGUUGGUGCCCAGACUUGUUGAACUCAUUAGAGGUGGGAUUGGAGUCAGCACUAAGGCAGGUUGUUCCAGUUUUAUUGUCUCUCUAGUCCAUCAGUGCCCACAAGAUCUCAGCGCUUUUGCAGGAAAAUUACUGGCUGUGUUCUUACAUGGUUUGAAUGAUAGGAAUGCAACUGUCAGAAAAUCUUACGCAACUGCCAUUGGUCACUUAGUUCGAGUGGCUAAAGACAGCAGUGUUGAAAAACUGAUAGAAAAACUUAAAACCUGGUAUAUGGAAAGUGAAGAACCCAAUGCACACCAUGCAUGUUGUGUUACCCUCCACGCCAUGGCCAGACACAGUCCUGACCAUCUGCGCAGGCACGCAAAUCUCGCCAUGCCGUUAGCUUUUUUUGCCAUGCAUGAGGAAGUGAAGAAAGAUGAAGGAAAGAAAUCAGAUGAACCAACAGACUGGGAGGUUGUGUGGAGUGAGAUAACACCAGGUACAGAGGCAGGCAUCAGACUUUACCUGCCAGAGAUUGUGUCGUUGCUGUCUGCCUCCAUCCUCUCCCAGACCUGGUCCCUCAAGUCCCAGACAGCUCGAGCCAUGGCCACUGUGGCCCAGAAGUUGGGAGCCCAGCUCUGUCCUCCAUACCUGGACCAGCUCUUGACUGCCCUGUUGGAAGGUUUAUCUGGCAGAACCUGGGAGGGCAAGGAAGCCAUAUUGAAAGCUGUAUCAGCAGUGUGCACCUCAUGCAAGGAAGAAAUACUGAAACCAUCAAAUAACAAGCCAAGCAUUGAACAAAUUUUGACAGCAGUUCUUCGAGAAUGUGGGAAAGAACAGCCUGCCUACAAAAUGGCUGCCAUGACCUGUUUGGGUUCCAUAUUAGAAACUUACCAGUUGGAUAACUUUAAUGCAGUCUGGGAAAUGACAAAGCCUGUUAUCAAUGAGUUAUCCAAUAAAACAAGAUCUGAGGAUGAGGAAGAGGGAAACAUCAACCAAAAACAGGAAAUGAUCACAUGUGUUUUUACACUGUUGGGGGAAGCUUGGCCGGAAUCUCGCUCUACUCAAGAUAAGUUUGGCAGCCAGUAUGUUGAUCUGCUGUGUGAUGCUGUGCCAAGAACUACAUGGAAGGUCCAGCUAAUUAUCUUAAAAAAUUUACAGAAACUUGUAAAAAGACUGAUCAUCAUGAGAAAAGAUGAGCUACAAACAAACUUGUUGUCUGUAGAGGUCUUGGUGAACAAGGUUCUGGCAGUUUCUCUCUCUAAUAUAAAUAACAUAAAGUAUGUAACAAUAAGAGUUGAGAGUUUGCUGGUUAUUGACUUCAUUCUUCAUCAGCUUGCAGAUUGUAAUCAACUUUCAUUAGUCUCGCAACCCCUCAUGGUUCAGCUCAGGGAAGAGUUAGCUCCCAUAGCUGAUUCUGGCCCUUGGGAGUUGAGAGAUCGAGCUAAAGUUUUGAAUGGGUUAAUUGGUACACCGACCAACUGCGGCGAAAAUCAACCUCAGGCUAUGGAGCACUGAGUGCAUAUGACUGUAGCAGUCCUAGUUUCUGAUUCCUGUUUUUUAAUAACAAUUUACAUUAAAUUAAUGUUUCCUGUUGUUAUUUUUCUGUUAGUUUUAAAGUUGAUCCCUAAUGAAACUUUAAAGUGUGGUCCAUUCUUAUGAUUGUAUUUUACAGUGACGUUCAGUAAAUACAAUACCUUCGUUAAAAUUUGAGAGGGUUCUUACUAAUUUAGUUUUUUUUUAACACAAUAGCAGUUGGGCUGUUAAACUUAGUUGGUUAUUUUAGAUUAAACUCCCCUAUGCAAUAAUUUGUUCAGUCAAUGAGAAGCAUUGAAAUACUUGGGUUUCCAAAUUAAUGUACUUAUUGUGUGAUUUAUAUGAAUGCAUAUAAUCAGUGGUUUUAAGACUUAAGCUUUGUUUUAAUUCACAGAACAUAAUUCUAUCAAUGCAUAUUUUUAGAAACAAUUGCUGUAUUUUAAAAAAAGAUACAAUAGUAAAUAAAAUAAACAAAUG